CAGCGACACCCGAAGUACCACUGUUAAUAUUGGAUGAACAAUAAAUAAGAUAUAUAGAUUUAAUUGAGUCAAGAUGUCUUCUUCUAGUGAGGAUGAGGAGCCAAUUGUUAUGCCGGUGAAACGUGUCAAGCGUCGCCAUCAUCCGAUAGCUAAUGUUGACCCAAACAAACAAAAAAUUAAUCUUUACUCCCACAAAAUUCUUCCUAAACUCGAUGCAUUAGCGAAAAGUCCUGUUAGACUCAGUAAAGACGAUGAAGACGAGGGAAAUGAUUUUGUUCCUUUCAGCAUCAGCCCUGUUCGAUCGUCACCAGAUAAGUCAAAGGCGGCAAGCUCUUCCCCAACGUCAGGGUCACCAGUAAGAAGCGUGUCAGACGCAAGUCCGAUGAAGGAUGUCCCACCAACCCCUCCUCCACCAUUCGUUCCACAAAAGAAGCGAGGGAGUAGAAAAGCCAAAAAACUUUUGAAGGAGGUGUCAACAGUCUUGUCACAAGUCUCAAAAAAUGACACAUCACAAGAUUCAAUAACAAUACUUGACGAUUCUAUCGAAAUCGUAAAAGAGAUUAUGGUCAAGAUUCGUCUUCAUGGUAAACUUCAAAAAUAUCCUAUGGUGGAGAGCCAGACUUUUCAUGAAGUUUUUGAUACGCUUGCAACGAAAGCCAAAGUUGAUGCUUCACGAUUACUCGUAACAUUCGGGGACCACAGAGUGUUUCCAAGUAACACACCUGCUGAAAUAAAUUUGACUAUUGCAGAUAUAUUAGAAUGUGUAAUUGCUAAUAGGAGACUUGCUCCCGACGUUAAAGACACUAUAAAAAUUCAAAUGCAGGGACCGUUUCAGAAAAGGAAGGUAUCAUUCACAAUGGGACAGACGGAGCCAUUCCUAAGUGUUAUGGAAGAAUAUGCGAUUAAGAAUAAAGCAAAUGUACAGGAGUUACAGUUCAGGUUUGAUGGGGAUUUAUUGGAGAAAACUGCAACGCCGAAGUCUCUCGACAUGGAAAAUGGGGAUUGUAUCGACGUGAUGCAUAUGAAAAAGGGAUGACAGAUAUAAAACAUAUCCGAUUUAUAAUGUAUUGGAAUUAGUUCCAGGAUGAUAAAAAAUGUGGAAUAUUUUCCUUGCAUCCAGUCAAAACAUUCUGCAUGGACAGGACAGCCAUUCCCACGCAUUUAUGAACUGUGAGAUACCGUAAGCACCAUGUUUUACGGACCAUGAGGCGCAAUUCAAAUCCUUUUCUGUCACAAAAAUCAAUUGUGCGCCUCAUAAGUUGAUACACUCAAUGCAAGACAAUAUUGCUUUGAAAGCUGUCGUGUCUUAUAGCCUGAUGUGCCAUAUGUAUGAAGAAAAACCCAAUCUAAGCAAUUUUUGACAGUACACCCUAUAAUACGGUGCUGCGCAAUAUGGUGCGUAAAAAUAGGGUACUGUCUAAGAUCGUUAUAUGCGUUAUAGUACCACGCAAAUCAUCAUGACCCCUUUGUCUAUCUUCAAUAUACCAUAUAAACUCGUAUGAAUUGAUUUCAAAGUCUGAUUUUAUUAGUGUAUUACAUUCAAUUCAAUAUAUAUAAUUGUAUCAAACGUCAAAUCAAUGCCAAACGGUAUUUUGCAAUUGAGAGAUGAUUGAAACUAGUUGUGUAGAUGUUGUUUUACUAUGCUUUGUGCCACCUAUUUUAUUCUUCAGUUUUAAUACUCAGAUAUCAUAUAUAGCAGGGUUGGCCAACCUGAUUUCGACCAAAAUCUUUAAAAUAGCUCGCGAUCGGUAAUAAGGUCAUACAUAAAAACGAAUGACUACUGAAUAUGCAGAUAACUGGACAGCUGCACACUCCUAUACAAAAAAAUUCCACCGUUGCAAAUAUUCUCGGUUUAGUGCGUGCAUUUUUAAUGGAAUGUCAAAAAAAUUUGUAUUUUUUCUGUUUCAUUUUAUUUGUUAAUUUGGUUAUUCAAAUUUAAGGCCUGCCUAAUUUUUAGUCAUAACCUUGACAGAAAACCUUGCAAAGUAGCGGUAUUCGUGUGUUAUCUAAACAGCGAAAAAAAAUAUUAUUCUCAAACCAUAAAUGUUACGUGACUGAUCGCUCGCUUUGAACUAGGAAAAAAUUGGCAUUCUGAUGCCGUUGCAAAUACACUUUACCACACUAUUCUUGGGGUGAGAGUGAGACAAUAACUUUCGCAUACCGCAGAAGGUAUUGUGGGAUCUUUCUCGGUCAAAACAUACGAUAUUCAGCAUUUUCAUUUCUAAACCUUGGCAACGGUGAAACUUUCAUUUAUUACGUAUUAAUAUGCUCUGUCAGGCUUGCCCGGACUCAUACAUUGUAUGUGUGUAGUUUGAGCAUGUAUUUGUUCUGUUUUAAAACACACAUAAGGCGCUGCAUGGAACUGUUUCAAGGCAACUUGGGGGAGGGGUAUGUUAUUACAUUGACUUGAACAUCAGACCCCGUGUUGGCCACUCCUGAUUUAUAGAGUACCGGUACUUAACAUAAAAUUGAGAUAGCUUUUGCAUGCAUACUAUUGAAAAUUGGGAGCUGUGCAUUUUUACUCAUUAUGUUUGAUAGUGGAACUCCGGAUUUAAGAAUUUCUCUGGGGGGCCUAUUUGUCCCACGAGCCACAUGUUGCACACCCCUGCUAUAUAGCAAGACUGAAAUUUACAAUCUUCCCCAGCCCACACCAGCUUAUUCACCAUCAUGGUGUGUAACUCGAAGCAAUUUCCUGGGCCUUUAACUAAAAUUAGAAAGAAUACCAAAAAGCGACAAGCAAAUUUUCUCUAUCAGAUCUACAUACCGUACUUUUCAAUACGCCUCAGAGGAACCUGACUUUUUUUUCAUGGACACAAAGUGGACCUAUAGAUCGUUUCGUUAUACUUUUUAAUGUUGUUAUUGUUGUGAAAAAAAAGCUUUUCUUUUUAACUACUGGACCAAUUGCUUUGAAAUUGUCAGUGGUCAUAUUGUUUUGUCGCUAAUCAACAUUUUGAAAGUAUAUAAGACUUUUUCAGCAGAAAAGUAUAUAUCUUCCUAUUAGUUCCAUAUAGCCUUUGUAUAAUAAAUCCAUAUUAUUAGUUUUGAAUCUGAUUUUAAAUGUUGGCUUGAUUACUACCUAAUGAAACCUUUCAGAUGAAAAUAGAAUUACCGGUAAAUUCAGUUUUUCUUCCGCUCGUCUCAUAUUGAAAAGCGAUUUCAUACAAUUAUUUUAUAUUUUGCACUGUAGUACGGUUUGUGUUUCAGCUUUUUUUAAUUGUUUAAUUAACAAGAAUAUUUUCAUGUGCUCUGGUAAAUGUUUAAUACAUAAAUGGGGGAAAACAUUAUUCAAGAAAAACAUUACAUUAAUGCUUUCAUAAGUGCAGCUGCAG